UUGCUAAGUGUCUUAUUAUUGGCUCAGGGCUGAUGACACCAGUCUCAUAGGAGAUGCAAGUAAAAUACAGGCUUCAGUUAUAUUGACGUGAAAGAGAAAUUACGAUGUUGGUGUAAAACAAAGUUCUCAGUUGUUUUUUCUUUUUUUUGGCUUCACUUAACAGCCUGCAUACACACCUCUUUGGAUUCCUUGUUACAUUGUUUAUCCUGGAAGUCUCUGCCUAUCACCUCCUUUGAUGGUGUCACGCAGGUUGUGAAGAUCAAGCUCUGAUUGGUUGGAGACUAACAUGAAAUAUGUCUUUAAGCCAAAUCACAGCCAGAAUUCAUGACUUUUGCCAAGGAACAUUUUAACAGACAGAGAUAUUGUGUAGUCUGAGCCUGGCAGGUUUGAGCCCUUGUUUGCAGAAUGGAUUCAAUCUUUUCUGUAAUCGGAUUCUACAUUGACUGGGAUGUCAGAAGUCUGCUGCUCUUCACUGCAGUUUUCAUCCUCACUGCAGAUUAUAUUAAGAACCGUCGGCCGCACAGCUUCCCUCCAGGACCUCGGGCAUUUCCUGUUGUGGGCAACAUAUUCACAGUGGAUUUCAACAGGACCCAUGAGAGUAUGACACAGUUAGCAGGGAAAUAUGGAAAUGUGUACAGUCUGCAAAUGGGCAAAAGGUGGAUGGUGGUGUUAAAUGGGUUUGAGGUCCUGAAAGAAGCUCUGGUAAAUCAGGGGGACAGCCUGGUGGACCGCCCAGCCAGCCCUCUGCAGAUGGACAUAAGUCACGGACUAGGUAUAGUGUUAAGCAAUGGGAACACAUGGAAGCAGCAGAGGCGUUUUGCAUUGUCGACCCUCAAAUAUUUUGGAUUUGGCAAGAAGUCACUUGAACCCGUCAUCUUAAAUGAAUUUACGCACUGUGCAAAGGACUUGAGUAGCUAUGAAGGAAAACCAUUCUACCCACACCUUGUCAUCAACAACGCUGUCUCCAACAUCAUCUGCACCUUGGUUUUUGGUCAUCGCUUUGAGUAUGGUGAUGAGAAGUUCAUCAAACUGAUGAAGAGCUUUGGCAAAGCUUUCCAGCUUCAAGUCUCCAUCUGGGCACAGCUUUACAACUCUUUCCCUCAACUGAUGAGACGUUUGCCAGGGCCACAUCAGACAGUCCUGCACAUCUGGAACAAUGUAAAGGACUUCAUUAGACUGGAGCUUAAGCAGCACAGACAGAACUGGGAUCCCUCAGACCAAAGAGACUUCAUCGACUGCUACCUGAAAGAGACUGAGAUGAAUAAGGAGCAGGCUGACAGUACUUUUAAUGAGGAAAACCUGGUUAUGUCUGUCUUGGAUCUGUUUGUGGCUGGCUCUGAGACCACGGCCACCACUCUGUGCUGGGCUUUCCUCUACAUGGCAAAGUACCCUGAGAUCCAGGCAAAGGUCCAGGCUGAGAUAGACGAAGUCAUUGGACAGUCCAGACAGGUGUCCAUGGAAGAUCGUGCAAACCUGCCCUACACUGAUGCUGUCAUACAUGAGAUCCAGAGGAUGGGCAACAUAGUUCCUCUCAGUCUGCCUCAUGCUACCAGCAGGGACAUCCAGCUGGGAGGAUACACAAUCCCAAAGGGUGUUACAAUAAUCCCCAAUCUGACCUCGGUGCUGUUUGACAAGAAUGAAUGGAAGACUCCCAACACCUUCAACCCAGGACACUUUCUGAACAAGGAGGGCAAGUUUGUGAAGCCAGCUGCUUUCAUCCCUUUCUCUGCUGGUAAGCGGGUGUGUCUCGGAGAGAACCUAGCCAAGAUGGAGCUUUUCCUCUUCUUCACCUCCUUCAUGCAGCACUUCACCUUCUCAAUGCCUGCUGGGGUGAAGCCUGUAAUGGACUAUCACUUUGGUGUGACUCUGGCACCACGUCAAUAUGAAAUCUGCGCAACCUCACGCUAAGAGUAGCUUUGACAUAAAAACUAUUCAAGAAAGUAAUAACUUUUUGUCAUUAUGUCACUAUGAGGAGGUUUAGUAAGUAAAUCAAAAUGUUGCUUGGCUUCAAUUAUACUCUUUUUUUUAGGCUAGAUUAGACCUUUUUUGUCUUUUUGUUGAUUUCUCUCAUUUAAAUCUAAAAUUUGUGAAACGUCUAAAAAAUGUUUAUGAUGUAACAUUUUGAUUUCUAAUACAUGCCAAAGAGGAUAUGGAGGUUGAUUUUUGUUAUGUAUUCAUAUAAUGACAUGGCAAAUCAAACUUUAUGAUAAGAUUUUUUGAGGUUAUGAGUUAAAGCAGGAUUUUUAAAUUCUGAUAAGACAACAUAAACAGCCAUGUGCAGUUAUUUUGUGUGUGUGUGUGUGUGUGUGUGUGUGUGUGUGUGUGUGUGUGUGUGUGUGUUUGUGUGUUAAUAUUGACUUGAAAUAACAAAAAAAAUAAUUUGGGGGGAUUUCUGCCAACUAAAUAACAUGAAGAAGGGUCAAGAAUGUAAAAUCCUUGCAGCCAUGCUGGAUGAAUAGGUUAUUUAUGAUUACAACUGUUACAUAACACAACAACUCAUAAAAGCCAUACUCUGCUCCAAGUAAAAGUCCUACAUUCAAACUCCUUUACAAAAUCGAAAGUACUUCUGCAGUAAAAUGGCUCCUGUGACUUGAUUAGAGUAUUACUGAUAAAUCAAUGCAUAAAUAGCAUUUUGUAGCUUCUCAAGGUGGUAUUAGUUUUAUGGGGAUUAUUUUUUUUUGCUGAGGGGACUGGGAACCAAAGGAACAUACAAUCUAUCAGGGAGUUUAUUAGAUAAUGAAGGACAAAUAGUGUGGGAAAUAAGAAAAACUCAUUUCUGCACAAAUUUGUAUUUCUGUCCUACUUUUAUCUUUUUGUGAAAUUUAUAAUCUCUGGGGGUUUAAUCUGAGAAGUUCAGAGGGUAAAUCUCUCUUUGGUGGAACUGCUAAGGUAUGGAAGCCCAUUUCCGCCACCUGAUGUAAAAAAAUAAGAUCUAUGAAGUCAAAAUAAUGAGAUAAUAAGUCAAAAUUAUGACUUACUAAGUCAAAAUAAUGAGAUACUACGUCAAAAUUAUGACUUUCUAAGUCAAAUUAAUGAGAUACUAAGUCAAAAUUGUGAGAUACUAAGUCAAAAUAAUGACUUACAAAGUCAAAAUAAUGAGAUACUAAGUCAAAAUUAUGACUUACUAAGUCAAAAUAAUGAGAUACUAAGUCAAAAAUAAUGAGAUACUAAAUGAGAUACUAAACCAGCUGGAAUAAGACUGUUACACUGACAAACUACAUGGUCAUGGUAUGGUAUGAACAUGUGUCAUAUAUGAUGUGAACUUGAAGGUCCUAUGCAGAGUCCUGAUCUCACCUCUAAAGAAAUGACCCUCUGGAUAAACUGGAAAGCUAAUGAGAAGGAUAAAUCAAAAAAGGCAAAGAGAAACAUGUCUUUAUAUGAUCAUAUAAAACACUAUGAACUGCAUUUAGAAUUAGUUAAAAGUCCAGCGUGCCCUUUCCAUGGAUUAAAAAGAUAUGAUCACAUCUUUUUUUUUGCAAAGCAGAAGCUCAUUCUUCUGACAGACCAGGAACAACACUUCCAGGCAGUAUAUGUUGGUAUGCUUUUGCUAGUUGUUGGUGGAUGACACAGUCAACAAUAAGACUGAUAUCAGAUCAUUUGAAGUGGGCUGUCUAUUUGUGUUAUAUCGGAUAAGAUCACAUGUUGCCUUAAUACCACUAUAAAACAAAUUAUAGGCUACUGCUAAAUUAAGAUAAUUGUUUUGGGGUCACUGAUUACCACUGUUUGAAAUCCUUGACUAAGUUUAUACAACAGUUAGUUCUGGCCGUGCAAUCUGAUUGGUCGAGAGACAGUAAAACCGUGAUGAUAUUGGAGUACAACAUCAUCACUCCACCUCACAGCUGACUGCAAUCAACAAUGAAAUCAAAACUGACAGUUAGUGUCAGUUAGGUCAGCAGUGGCGUUGUAGGCUAAUUAAUUCAUCCACUGUCAAACAGCCAAAAAUAUGGAUUUAUUUCCUAAAAUCAGUUUUGAAUUGAACUAUGAAUGGUCUUCAGAGGAAGAUGAGGGAGAGGAGUAGCUGAAUCCAUCUGAGCACACAUCCAGGUUUGUCAGUGUUUCAUCAGCGGAGUUCAAUGACUUGGAAAAAAGCAACAUACUGUCAGAUCAGAAGGCAGAGUCGGCUGUGCCUGUGAAGCGACAGUCCACCAUGCAGUCACCAGAGACUUAUUUCACCGGCUGCACAAUUAAUGGAAAUGUGCAGAUAAAUGUGUAUAAAGAGUAAGUGCCUGGCGCACCAUGUCUGCGUUACAUAGCAACAGUGACAGCGGAGUCCUGAGGGAAC